AUGUCAGUUUGUCCUGAUAUCUCUUACCAAACAGGUUGUGGCCUCGGAGUCAGCUGGGACUGGGGCAAGUGGUGGACCUAUGACGGCAUCUCGGGUCCUCAGUUCUGGGGCCUCAUCAACCCGGAAUGGUCGCUUUGUACCCACGGCCGCAGACAGUCCCCCGUCAACUUGGACCCCGCUAUUCUGCUCUUUGACCCCAACCUCAGACCCCUUCAUGUGGACAAGCACAGGGUGAGCGGGGUCAUCAACAACACGGGGCACAGUGUAGUGUUCACCCUGGGAGUUGCAGGUCACCAUCACCCUAGUAUCAACGUGACUGGGGGCCCUUUGUCCUACCGGUACCAGGUCAGCCACGUGCAGGUCCACUUCGGAGCCGGGGAUCACAUCGGGUCCGAACACACCGUCAACGGCACCGCUUUCCCUGCAGAGCUCCAAGUCUACGGAUUCAACUCACAGCUGUUCAGCAACUUCUCAGAAGCUGUCAACCGUGCUCAUGGCGUGGUGGCUAUUUCUGUCCUUCUGCAGUUGGGAACCCAGGGGCACCCGGGGCUGCGGCCGCUGACGGAUGCGGUGCAGAGGGUGCGGUGGGCCGGGACCUCCUCGCUGGUGGAGCGCGUGAGCGUGCGCGCGCUCCUGCCCGACAGCCACCACUACAUCACCUACGACGGGUCCCUCACGCAGCCCCCCUGCCACGAGACCGUCACCUGGGUCCUCGUCAACCGCCCCGUCUACAUCACCAAGCAGCAGCUCCACGGCCUGCGCCAGAUACACCAGGGCAGCAAGGACAUGCCAAAGGGCAAAAUGCUGAAUAACUACCGACCUACUCAGCAGCUGUAUCAUCGGCCGCUGCGAACGAACAUUGACUUCACCAACAGCAGGCAGCUGCACUGUCCCUCCAUGGCCCCGCAGAUGUAUUAUACAGCCAACACGUGGAGCAGUAGUCAGGGACAGGCAGUAUUCCCUGACACUUUAGGAAGUAGUCAGAGCAAGAAGUCAGGAACAAGAUGGACUGUUUCUUCACCAAAGCAUAGAGUGGACAGUUUGGCUGUGCUUGUUCGACUGCUUCAUUAG